AUGGCUAUGUCAUCUUCGCUGGAAGUGUUAAAGAACACGCUGGAGGAGAUUGUUAAGGACCCGCGAUACCAUGAUCUCUUGUCUUUAGUCAAGACGGCGCGCAAUGGUAUUAUCUACGGAACCAAGGUGCGGUUUCCGCAUGCGCUGGUGAUGGUGUUUCUCUUCCGCUCUGGAACAUUCCCACAGAAAGUCAACCUAGUCCUUCGAGCGACGAGACAUCAUGCAACCAACUUGGCGCGCUUCGCCCUUAUUUAUAAGCUGACCAUGCUUGCGCUCAAAUACUUUGGUGCCGAGCCAGGAAAGGAGGGAACAUACGACUCCUUCGUUGGCGGUCUUGUGGGCGGAUACUUUGUCUUCGGCGGUCGUUCCAAGCGUACGGGAAAGAUCUCAUCAGUCAACCAGCAGAUCGUCAUCUACGUCUUUGCGCGAGUGAUGCUCGCUCUCGCCCGUAUCGCCGUGAAGCCAGGCCACGGAUUCCCAUUCGUGUCAUCCGAGCCUCUUCAUGGAAUCAUUAAUCAAUAUGCCUGGCCUGCGUUCGCGUCGCUCUCAUGGGCUAUGGUUAUGUUGAUCUUCCGAUAUCAUCCCGAGGAGCUUCAGUCGAGCUUGAGAAGCAGUAUGACUGAGCCUCAACUUUACCUCCAGGCUGCUAUACCUCCACCUCAGUCCAUCACUUUGUCUCUUUCAAACUCCUACAGACCGACAACCAUGGCACCAAAUCCCAAAGUUGCGGAGGCGAUCUCGAAUGCCGAGUCUUCCUCUGGAGAGAAGGGACCUCUCUACGAGCAACUGCUCUCCGAAAUCAAGAACAUUUCAUCCCCGUCCACCGCUACCGACGACCUAAAUGCUAUCAUCGACUCCUUCUUUGGCCAGGCGCUCGGCGUCGUGGCUACGCGGACCGUCCUCGCGUCUUUCAUUGCGACACUCCGAGAACUAAAGGACGAGGAUAUGUGGAUCGGGGUCGGAAAUCGUACGCUAAACACCAUCGCCGCUCAACCAUCAUCUUCUUCCUUCGUUGAUGCCGUCGCCACGAUCCGUGAGCUCAUUGCUACGGCCCACGAAAGCAACGGUGACUUCCUUGAUGCUGCAAAGACUCUGGCCGAUAUUCCGCUCGAUAGUUCUCAGCGCAAGAUCACCGAUGAGGAAAAGGCUCGCACAUGGAUUCGCAUCGUUCGAAACUACCUCGAAGUGGACGACUCUACGGCCGCCGAGAUGUAUAUCAACAAGCUCAAGAACAUCAUGCAUACCGUAUCUGAUCAGGAACUGAACUUGCACUUCAAACUCUCACAAGCCCGUAUUCUGGACGCUCAGCGUGACUUUUUAUCCGCAUCUCAACGAUACCACGAGAUCAGCUUCUCGCCUGCGAUCGACGAGGAGGAACGCCUACACACGCUCAGUAUGGCGGUGAAGUGUGCUGUUCUAGCUCCCGCUGGUCCCAUGAGAAACCGAACAUUGAGUCGCCUUUACAAAGAUGAACGUUCUUCGCAACUUGAGGAAUUUGGUAUUCUGGAAAAGAUGUUCCUUGACCGGCUCUUGUCUCCUGAGGAGGUUGACAAGUUUGCAGAGGGACUCCAGCCCCAUCAACUAGCAACUACUUCAGAUGGCUCGACGGUACUUGCCAAGGCUGUCGUCGAGCACAAUCUUCUCGGCGCAUCCAGACUUUAUAGCAACAUUCGAUUCGAGGCCCUGGGAACACUAUUGGGCCUGGAUGCUGAUAAGGCUGAAGAAACUACUGCACGCAUGAUCGAGCAGGGCCGUUUAGUCGGACGUAUAGAUCAGAUUGAUGGCAUCGUGUACUUUGAGGGUGGUGAGGCAUCUGGAGAGAAGGGGAGUGGGCGAGCAGAAAUCAUUGUUGGCAAAGAAAUGCGAAAUUGGGAUGCCAACGUUGAGAGUUUGGCUGAGGAGGUGGAGAAUGUCACCAAUGCGCUGCAAAAGGAGUUUCCCGAAUUUGUUGCCGCAACCCUUGUUGUAUGA